CUCCACGAUCACAUAAUCUCAAGGUCUCUUUUCAUAAGGCAGCACUCACACCGGCUCAGACAUGGCAACAGGAGUUAGCCACGAUCUCACUACUCAAUCAUCUCCAGAAAAGCUCUUACGUAUUGGCACAGGCUGUUGUGGAAGUGUAUGGGCUGACGCAGACUCGUCAAAAGACAACAGCACCCCCUCCUGCAUCAAAAGAGAAGAUGGCGAUCCGCACAGAUCGAUUACAAAUGAACACUUCAUACAUCAACUUGUUGUUCAAUCUCUUCAGCUGAAUCCACAACAUGCACGAAACUUCCGAAUACCUCUUUGCCGUGGAUUUCUUAACAAAGAAGACGAGGCCUGGUCCCUGGUUCUCCCCCGACUCCCACCAGGCUCAAAACCUUGUAACGCAUUGCUCAGCGAAAAAGUUCAGCCGCUCUCAGAAGAUGUUAGAAAGCUGCUGGUUUCCAAAUUUGCAAGAGGAGAGAGUGACCAAGAUGCUAUAAUCAACGACAAAAAGAACGAGCACUGCCUCAUCCGCCCGUAUCUUGGCCGCAGGAAGAAGGAUUGGGGAGACACAAACCGCAGCACUUUCUUCAGUCUAAGAAACUUCCCACUUCACCUUGACCGAAUGAUAGAGCUUGGUCUCAAUGUACACAGCUACGCAAAAGUCAUUGCGGAAAGCCUCGCGUUUCUUCACUGGGUCGCUCGAAUUGACGCCAACGACGUCGAAUUCGUUCUUGCUCGAUCACGCCCAACUUCACACUCACACCCAAACAGCCCAUUUGGUGCAACCGUCUUUGGGCCUCAUUCCAUUUGGAUUAUAGACUUUGAUUGCUGCGAUCCUAUUACAAUGGAUGAAACUGGUGCUGCAACAGCUGCUGAGUGUUUUUGGCGCAAUGAUCCGUAUUACCCUCGACCUGGAUCUCCGGAUGGAUUUGAUACGGAGUUAUGGAGUGCUUUCAAGGACCAUUAUCUGAAAGUAAGUGAGGAGAUGUUGAAGAAAGAGGAGGAGUCCGCGAGAGGUCUUCCUAGUUUAUUGAUCAGUAUUAUCGAGCAGGGGCCAAAGUUAGCCAAGGGAAAAUAGUUAACAAUGACAAUUAAAGAAUCAAGAACUCCUCAUUGUCAUAUCCCAA